AUGACGUUUAUCGAGGAAUGUGGAGGUGCUGGAGUUGGCAAGUCACAUCUGACUAAGUGUCUUUAUCAAGCAGCAUUAAAGUAUUACAAUACCAGAGAAGGCGAUGACUUUCAUCAAGUGAAAAUAUUAAUGCUUGCACCAACUGGUAAAGCUGCUUUCAAUAUUAAAGAUGAGAUCUCAAUGGUUGGUAGUGCAAUGUUUAAUGUUCAAAUAAAUAAUAGAUUGAAAGAUAUUAAAGGAAGUAACGAAGAUUUUGGUGGUGUUAGCAUGGUUGUUAUUGGUGAUUUAUUUCAACUAGAACCUGUAAUGGACAGGUAUAUAUUUAAGAAUAUAGACGAUUCGCAAUAUGCUGUUCUUGCUCCUAACAAAUGGCAAGAUCACUUCAAUAUGUUUGAAUUGCAAGAAAUAAUGAAACAAAAGGAUAGCAAAAUGUUUGCUGAGAUAUUAAACAAACUUAGGGAAGGAAAACAGACUGAAGAUGACAUCUUGAAACUAAAAGAAAGACUAAUAAGAGAAAAUAGCAUCCAAGAUCCCAUGGAUAUUCCUCACUUGUUCAUACAAAAUAAAAAGGUGAACAAAUUCAAUGAAAGAGUGCAUAAUGCAGCGACUGUUGAAAAGUUUUCAAUCAAAGCAAUAGAUAGUGUUAUAGGGGCUAACUCUGCUCAACUUCGAGAUAAAAUUUUGAGUCAAAUACCAGAUGAUCCUAGGAAAACUAAGCAAAUUGUUUCUAAUCUUCAAUUGUCAGUUGGAGAAAGAACUGAGAUAGCAUUAAAUAUUCGCACUGAUGAUGGAAUGACUAACGGUGCUGGCAAUGUUGUUAAAAAGAUACAGUUGAAUGAAAAAGAUAAACCUUCCGAUAAUGAUAGCAUGUAUGAUAUUGAUGGUUACACCUUGUUCAGAAAUGAUGGUCACUCUUUUACUACCAGACCUUUUGGUGAUUAG